CUUUCAUUCAUUUCCUAAAAAGCAUUCUAGAUAAAGCCACGUUUAAGAAACAUCGCAAGAAAAAUUCGUUUAUGUGAGUUCUUCACAAUAAAAUUAUAACUUUAACCAAGUGGGUGCGUUACAACCACCCCAUCAAAAGUACAAGUAUUUUGGCUGUGUUUAAAUGUUAGUAAAUAUGUACGUUUAUAUGUAUAUAAUUAAUCAAUAGCAAUCAAUAUCAAUUACCGCCUUUUUAACAAUAGUUGUGUGGCGUGUUAUUAAAAUUGGAAAAGUAUUUUGGGCAACAAUGGCGUCCUGUGAACAAGCUUUUUCUUCUUGUACGUACUAUUGGAAACGUUUUUCAAAAAGAGAACUAAUGGUACUAUGAUGUGAGUAAACAAACGUGGACAAGACUUUCAGCGCUAUAUGUUUCUCACGUGCCUUUCACCCUCCAUAAAAAAUCUAUUAUUAAACAAAAAAAAAUCGAAAGUGUCAGUCUGACAAGAAUCUUUGUUCGUACUAGACCUUAAAUCGUGUGACGUAGAGAUGUUGAAUAAAUUAGUGGAAAUACCUGCAAAUAAAUGGCCAGUAUUACGUGAUUUGUAUACAAAACGUAAAGAUCGUGCUGCUUGUUACAAUCUGUUACAAUCUUUUAUCAGCUGGAAGAACAAGGAACCAGAAUUGGAAUUGACUAUAUAUUCACUUAAUGGCGAUUGGGAAGCAGAUGGUACAUUUAUUGCUAAGUUUCUAAAUCAAAUAUUUUUCAAUACAUGCUCUGAUAAUGUACAACAAGUAUUAAAAGCUUUAAAAUGUCUGGAUCCCUCGGAAUAUUAUGUCUUAUCGGGAUAUCAAGACUUCCUGGUACCUGUAGUAAAGCAAUAUUUAAAAGACUGUGGUUUUGAUGAGGCAGACUAUAAUCCUACCAGUACCUUUUGGUAUCAUAUACCCAAAGAGCAGGCUAAACAAUUUCAAAUCGAUCCUCCCAACAAUAUAGUACUUAAGCCCCUAGAAGAAUGUCAUGUAGAACAAAUAAACAACAUGUGGUCCCAUAGAUUACCAUAUUCAGUUGAAAUGAUUACCACCCUAAUACGUCAUAAUGAAUCUGUUGGCAUAUUCGAAGAUGACAACUUAGUGGGAUGGUGUUUAAUACGCCCAUUAGGUUCUCUUGGUCUGCUGCGUAUUUUGGACACUCACAAACGCAGAGGUCUCGGUAAUUUGGCAGUUCGUUAUUUGUCAAAAUUUUUGGCUGACAAUGAUAUUGAAGUGGCAGCUACAGUGGUUUUUGAUAAUGUGCCAUCUUGUUCCAUGUUUGAUAAACUGGGUUUCAAAGUUAUCGAUAAAGUGUAUUGGGUCGAUAAACCGGCAAAUAAAUGAAUUUCAAUUGUCAAAAAAAGUUUUCAUAUCCUUAAAACGAAUACUUGUAAUGCUGACAUCGCACGAUGGGCCAUUUGGUCUAAGUUAUUGUGACAAGAAAGUCAAAAACAUACAAAUCUGAAAUUUAGAUAUGCAAGAUGGCGAGUCCAGUAAUUAUAUUUUCAAAUGUUUGUAAUUGAAAAGCGGUUUUUGUUGAUAUUUUUUAAAAUAUUUUUCAUUUAAUGGAAAAUAUUGAAUUAAGCUACGCAAUCAGCGAUAUGAUUUCGUAAUUAGAUUCCAACUGUUUAAUUAAUAUAUUCAGUUCAUUAAAGUCAUGGAAAAAUAUUCCUUAACGAAGUGUAAACCAAAUACAUAAGACGGCUAAGUCCAAGGGUUUUGUAAUAUACUUUUGACCAGAAAAAAAUAAAAUAAAAAUUCUGGCCCAUCGUGCGCAAAUGUAUUGCAUACAAAUAAAAGGCGAUUUAUCGUUGAAGCA